GGUGCCUUGAAACCGAGCCGCAGCGACGAGACCGAGCGAGCCUGCGGACUUCCAACCGCUCGGAGAAGCCGACACUCGGACGAGUCGAGCCGCAAAAAGAUGACAAUUUAGGACGCGUUUUUCCACCCAAGCAACGGCCGAGCGUUGAACACACCUGGUGAGCUUUGGUUCGCGUCCCGUUUUCCUUUUUCGGUAGGAGGAGUACGUGCCCCCCCCCCCCCUCCUCACACCGGAGAAGUGAGUGAGAGUGGGCUGCUGGAGUCACUUACAAAGACCGUCAAGAAGUCAUGACACGACGGAGGAUUCAUUUGGAUGAAACUGUUUGAAAAAAAAAAAAAAAAAGUCCAAUUUCGACCGUGGGUGGACCCGCUCGGGUUUUACGGACCAGCAGCAACGCGCGGGGACGUUAAAUGUAGAUUCGCGACGCUUUUUUUCCCCUGGACCCUUUUUUUUUUUUGAGUCGCCCUACUUGGAUCAAAGUUUUUCCUUCCUUCCUUCCUUCCCUCCCCCCCCCCUCCUCCUCCUCCUCCUCCUCCUCCUCCUUCUCAACUAUGGCGGCGGCCAGGUCCACCACUGGCUUCGCGCUUGUGCGGAUCAUGUGGCUGCUGUGCGGGUUGUCCUCCUCACCCGCUUGUGCUCAACACUACAACAGCGAGAGCGGAAUCUCCAUCCCGGAGCAUGGAUUUUGCCAGCCCAUCUCCAUCCCACUGUGCACCGACAUCGCCUACAACCAGACCAUCAUGCCGAACCUCCUGGGCCACACCAACCAAGAAGACGCGGGGCUGGAGGUGCACCAGUUCUACCCGCUGGUGAAGGUCCAAUGCUCGGCCGAUCUGAAAUUCUUCCUGUGUUCCAUGUACGCUCCCGUGUGCACGGUUCUGGAGCAGGCCAUCCCGCCUUGCCGGUCCCUGUGCGAGCGAGCACGGCAAGGGUGCGAAGCCCUCAUGAACAAAUUCGGUUUUCAGUGGCCCGAGAGGCUUCGUUGCGAGGCGUUCCCGGUCCACGGGGCCGGUGAGAUCUGCGUGGGUCAGAACACGUCGGAGCCCGGCAGCUCGGGCUCGUCGUCGUCUUCUCCGUACGCGCCCGAGCCGGUGACCCUCCCCCCCAGCCGGCCCAAGUCUCCGCCGCACAACCAGUACCCGGAGUUCUCCUGCCCGCUGCAGCUGGACGUUCCGUCCUACCUGGGCUACAAAUUCAUGGGCGUCAAAGACUGCGGGGCUCCCUGCGAACCCAACAAGCCCACCGGGAUCAUGUAUUUCCGGGAGGACGAGGUGAAAUUCGGCCGGCUCUGGGUGGGCAUCUGGUCCAUCCUGUGCUGCGUGAGCACUCUGUUCACGGUUCUCACCUACCUGGUGGAUAUGAGGCGCUUCCGCUACCCCGAGCGGCCCAUUAUCUUCCUGUCCGGCUGUUACUUCAUGGUGGCUGUGGCGUACGCCGCGGGCUUCUUCCUGGAGGACAAGGUGGUGUGCGUGGACAAAUUCAAGGACGACGGCUACAGGACGGUGGCCCAGGGGACCAAGAAGGAGGGCUGCACCAUUCUCUUCAUGGUCUUGUACUUUUUCGGGAUGGCCAGCUCCAUCUGGUGGGUCAUCCUGUCCCUCACGUGGUUCCUGUCGGCCGGCAUGAAGUGGGGUCACGAAGCCAUCGAGGCCAACUCGCAGUACUUCCACCUGGCCGCGUGGGCCGUGCCCGCCAUCAAGACCAUCACCAUCCUGGCCAUGGGCCAGGUGGACGGCGACGUCCUGACCGGCGUGUGCUUCGUGGGCAUCUUCAACGUGGACGCCCUCAGGGGCUUCGUCCUGGCGCCGCUCUUCGUCUACCUGUUCAUCGGCACCUCCUUCCUGCUGGCCGGCUUCGUGUCGCUCUUCCGGAUCCGCACCAUCAUGAAGCACGACGGCACCAAGACGGAGAAGCUGGAGAAGCUGAUGGUGCGCAUCGGCGUCUUCAGCGUGCUCUACACGGUCCCGGCCACCAUCGUCAUCGCCUGCUACUUCUACGAGCAGGCCUUCCGGGAGCACUGGGAGCGCACCUGGCACAUGCAGACGUGCAAGCGCUUCGCCGUGCCCUGCCCGCUCCACAACUUCGCCCCCAUGACGCCCGACUUCACCGUGUUCAUGAUCAAGUACCUGAUGACCAUGAUCGUGGGGAUCACCUCGGGCUUCUGGGUCUGGUCCGGCAAGACCUUGCAGUCGUGGAGGAGGUUCUACAAGCGCCUUAGCAACGGUAACCACGGAGAGACGACGGUGUGAAGCGGAAAUGAGGUACAAAAACGACAAUAAUAGAGAAUGAGGUCAGAUAGCUUUCAUUUUUAUACUAUUUUGGACAUAUUUUUCUAUUUGUAACAAGUUUGCAAGCCCACAGACAGAACUUUUUCUUCUCUAUAUUCGAUAUUAAAUGGAAGGAUCUGCAGUUCUUUUAGACGAUCUCAUAACUCUUUUGAAUUCUUUUGUGUUCUUGGAUUUUAAACGCAUAACCUCAUUGUCAUUAACACCGGACUUGAAGUUAUCCCUAUUUACUCACUCACUACAUCCUUAUUGUGUUUUGCUCCCAUGUUGAAUGUACGUCGUGUGUCCGCGCUCACGUGAUCGAAUACGACUGAUGGGCCUAAACAAAACAAAACAAAAAGUGCCGAGUGCCACCAAAAGGUCCUCGGACUGUGAAUGCAUUCUGUAGGCUUUCCUGGAUUUGACAUUUUUAAAUUACUCAGCUUGUAGACUGAAAUGCUUUACAUUGUGUGUUAGAUUUAAUUAAAAAAGAAAAUAAAAAUCUGCAGCAGCUGAUGUUGUUGCCAAGUGACUACGCACAAUUCUCAGAAAACUUUUGACUUUUUUUUUUUUUUUUUUCUUUUUAAGCGUCUUUUUCCCCGCAUUGAAUGUUCACUCCGAAGGUGAAUGAAGUUACUGUUUGUGUCGGUUUGCACAAAGGUUUUUUUUUGCUUUGUUUUUUUUAAAGCGUUAAAAGAAGUGACUGUUACACUACAAACGGCUCAUUCGGUUUAUUGUGACGACUAAAUUCCCGACGGAUUUUUUCUUGACCCUUAACCCGAGAGCCACGUUGCUCUUUUAGUGCCAUUAUAACCCCCCAAGUGUUCAACGGAGUUUGAGCACUCCUCACCACUGUUGCGCUGUUCUAGCAUCAACAUUAUAAACCUCUAAACUGGUUGUGAAGUUUCUGUGUCCCGUUUCAUUAUGAACUCAUCGGUACCACGAAAUGGCCUGAUUAGAGACCACACAUACACAAACAUGAGCCUCAGCUCAGCCUGUGUGUGUGUGUGUGUGUGUGGUCCCUACAUUGGUGGACCACCGACCAGAAGGACUGUAAUACAUUUCUUCUGUGGGAUUGGAAAUGGUGCUCGAGGAUUUUUGAAUGUUUAUUCUCGCUUAGAUAUAGACGAUUGUUCACACAUUAGCCUGCCAUUCUUUGUUUUUAUUGCCUUAAGAUGUGUUGAAAUGGAUCUGUGCUGGGGAGGAGGGUGGAUUUGUUUUUUCUUUUCAAUUUGUUGAAGUUGUUCCGCAUCCAGACUGAACUUUUGCAUACAGAGCGAAAGUGCAUGUGCUUUAUGUCCCGCUAGCGUGUGCCAUACAGAAGCCAUGCUUCUGUCCUUGUGUGCCUGAUCCUAAAUGUCAGAAAAUGCACAGAUGAGUUUUAAAAGAAAAAAGGUCACAAGGGUUUGAAUGUUCAGGCAUGCCUAGCUGUGUUUAGCAGCCAGACAGUUGUCUAUGUGUGUGUGUGUGUGUGUGUGGUUCUGUUUGCAUGACCUCGAAAUGUCUACCAGUUGAUAAUCUAGUAAUGGACAUGAACCAAGUGUCUUAUGAAAUAACUCUACCCUUAUGUGUAUUUACAGGAAAGUACUGCUCCAACAUGUAAUCUGAGUAUUUUUAAAAAACAUUUUUUUUUAAUUCAAAUUAUUCCAUAUGGAGACACCACACUUUCAGGUGAGAGGACAUUCUUGCACAUUGCAUUAAAAUGAUUCAAUCCACUUGUUGAUAGACCCGAUUACCAGCCUUUUGGACCACAACUUAAAAUAACAGGUCUGUGGAGGAACAACAUUGUUAUUGUUGUUUUGUUUUUGUUUUUCCUGUCAUGUUGCACAUUUUUCUACGUGUAAAUAACGCAAAGAUAGAGUUUAAGAUGGAACAAGGAUGAGUUAUUGUUUUUCCAUCGCACAAACUAUACUCUCAACACACUAGACUGCGACACAAUCCUAGAAUGCAUACUGUACAUACUAUUUUUUUUUUUAUAGUGACAUCUUAGCAGUUCAUGUAAAAGAAAUCCCCAUAUGAAUGUGUAAGAAGUGUGAGUGACGCAAGACUCGCCCGUUUAGUUUUUGGUCGUUUCAGAUUUAUGUAUGUACUGUAUAUGUGUGUGCGUGUGUGUGCAUUAUGCAAAUUAUCCAUUUAAUACGCCCAACUUCUUAUAUUUAUGGGGAUGCUCAUCUGUCUCUCUCUCUUUUUUUUUUUUUUUUUUUUUUACUUCUUUUUAAAGCCUGUUGUAUCUGUACAGUCUGAAUAAAAGUGA